UCGAUUGCAUCCAUCCCAGCUCGCUCUCGCUCUUCCGCCUCGCCCUCUCGCGUUUCAUUUUUCUUCUUUUUCCCGGUAGAUUUCUCCCGGAUCGCUUUCACCUGCCAUAUGGCUACGGCGACGGCGAGGUCUCCGUCCCCGGCGGGACCCGGUGCGAGGCCCGGCUGCGCCGCCGUCAGGAGGAGCGCCGACUCCAGGCCCGCCUCCCCCUGCGAUUCGCCGCUGAGGAGCUCCGCCGUCUGCAGAAACGCCGCCUCGCCGCGGGCGUCGUGGUGCGCGGAGAAGGAGAACAGUGACCAGCGUGGGGACGCGGCGGCGGCGAGGACGCCCAAGCCCGCCGCCCGCCCCGUCGUCGGUGGCGGCGCGAAGAACUUCAUGGCACCCACGAUCUCGGCCGCGUCCAAGGCCUCGCCGAGGAAGAAGGUGCUCGGAGAGCGCAACGAGCAGCAGCUCCACCCGGUGGCCUCGUCCUCCCCCGUCAAGCCCAUGGGAGCGCCGCCGGCGUCCGAGGCGGCGGGCGCUCCGCGGCGCCUGCGGCUCUCGUUCGAUGGGGCUGCUCCUCCCGCGUCCACGCCUGUUGCCGUGACCGGCUCCAGGCACUCGGUCGGCGGGGACGAGCGGAAGAUGGUGGAGAACCCCCCGUGCAAGAUCCACCACCACGCGGCGGUCUCCGAUGAUGCUGCUUCGCUGGAGACGGAGGCGGAGGCGGAGCCCUAUCAGGCUGGAGCGGCGGCAGCGUAUGAUCCCAAGACGAACUACCUGUCGCCGAGGCCUCGGUUUCUGCACUACAAGCCCAACCCCCGCAUCGAGCAGUACCGGCAAGGCAGCACCGGCGUGAGGCGCCUAGAGGACGGCUUCGCCUCCGAGAGCAGCGAGGAAACCAUCACAACCACCUCCACCACCUCGGAGGAGGAGGAGGAGCUUACAGAGGAAGAACAAGGCCAAGCGCAGCUGUUGUAUGAGCUCGGAGACGACACCGCUGUUCCCGCGGCUGAUGCUUGCGCCCUGCCGCUGGACCCUGCGUCGGAUUCGCCACGGGCUCGCGUGCUGACGCCAGAUUCAGCGACGCGCUCUCGUGUCGAUGCACCGGAGACGGAGUCUUCGGCGAGAUCUGUGCAAGCUCCUCCCAAGAAGAGAUCUUCGCUGAGGUUACUGGUCGCUCCCCUUGCUUUGGUUCUGUUCAUGUCUGCUGCUCUCAUCUGCGUGCCGCCGCCACUGGAUUCUCCGGUCAUGCCGAGAACCUCCUUGUCGAAGGUGUCAGACUUUCUGUCAGUUCAAGAAUUGCAUCCUGUGGAGUUUGCUGCUUGGCUGAAGCAAUGGUCAAGCAGUUCGUUGAAUUUGGUCACAUCCUACUGGGAAUCUCUUGUUUGGUCUCAAGAGCAAGAGUUCUUUGGUCCGCACUUCGCAGCCAAUUUGAGUGCUGCUGCUGCAAGUGCAGAUGAGGGUGUUGAUAUCUACUGCAACUUUGUUGAAGCAAGGCCAGUCCUGAUGGAAGAUAUUGGUGUUAGUGCCUUCGAGCAAGAUUUGCAAAUCCAGGAGGCUGUUUCAGCAAGUGAGUCUGAGUUGAUUUCAGAAAUCAAUUAUGGUGAGCACGAUGCUAACCCUGGAACAAGUGUCAUAGAGGAGGGAAAUGAGAAUGUUGAUGGCUUCUUAGCAGAUCUUGAGAUGCCAAAAGAAGAUGCUGGGAUGUCAGAAGAAGUUCCAGGUAGCAAUGGUGAAGAAAUGGCAUCCUUUAGCCAGAAUCUGGAGCCCUCUGAACCUACUACAGGAGAAGCUGAGCCACUAGAGAACAUUGAAAGUAACGAGCCUUCCUUGGAGCAGGGCGUUCAGACUGAUAAUUCAGAGGGUGAUCGUGCUGAUGGUGGAGAGGAGCACCCACCGGCCUAUCACGGAGCGAACUCGGAAUUUGGGAUGUGGCCAGGCUACCUCGACAAGAUCUCAAAGCCUGCUGCAAUUGGCGUUGCUCUCGCUGCUAUUGUUGUUCCAGCUGCUCUGGCCUUCCUUCUCAUGAGGAAGAGGCAAACUCAGGUUUGCGCCAGCGCUGAUGCACCACCAGCUGAGCAAGCUGAACAGAUUGUUGAGGCCCUAUCUGGCUCAGGGAGCAGCGAGGGUCAUCUUCGUGUGAAGGGUUCACAGCAUCAGACUCCUGUGGCAGAUGAGCCUGAGAGAUUUGGCGGUUCUGGCGCUUCCAUGUACAGCAGCAGCUUGUCUUCUGGCCAUGGCAGGAGGAGGAAUGUCAAGGAGGAUGAGACUAUGAGCACCGAUCCAGUGUCUAGGAGGGACUCUGCGGCGUAUUCCACAUCAUCCUAUGGUAGUUUCACCACCUAUGAGAAGAUCCCUGCCAAGAAGAGAAACAAGGAGGAUGAGGCGAUGACCCCAGUCCGGCGUUCCAGCAGGUUGAGGAAUCAAGUUAAAUCACCGGAGGCCUAAGAUGGGGCAGCCAGUGCUCUAACUACUUUGAUUUGUAGGGGAACUUAGCCUUAGCACUUGCUACUUUAGCUGCUGCUCAGUUUCAUUGACAUUGUUUAACUGUACGGUAUUGGACUGAUGUGUGAUGAUUAGUAACAGCUAUCUGCUGUUUUUUUCAUCGACGGAAUGAUUUGGAUUUCUGUUUUUCUUAGAAUUGAGAUGACUGCUUUCGUGCAGCUUUGUUAUGUUUGUCAGUUACUGAUAAUGAAUCUCUAUUAAUUCAGGGCAUUGGUCUGUUACCGCUUCUGUUUUUACAUAGCACACAUGUAUCUUGAAAAAUGAAAGUUUGUACGGUUGGUAUGGUUACUGAAGAAAUGGGUUGG